AUGGCGAAUCUGAAGUUGGACUACAAAGGAUCGGAGCAUGCGUUGAGAGUCCAGGUGGAUUCGGGCGCCACGGUCGACGUCAUGCCGUGGGAGACAUACAGGAAAUUACGGAACGAAAGAGCCGUCCCACCCAUGAAAAGAUCUAACGCGAGACUACGCAUGUACAGUGGAGAUUUAACGGAGGCUAUCGGGAAAUGCAGAGUUGUACUGAUCAAUGGAGAGAGACGACACCCAGUGACUUUCCAGGUGGUGGAUCUCCCCGAACAACCACUUCUAUGCGCGACCUCGUCCAUUUCGCUGGGCUGCAUAACUCUCGGAGACAACGUGGAGUUCGUGAACCGGGUUCAAACAGGGGUUCAACCGCAAACGGAGCUCGAGCAAUUGGUUGAUGGCUUCGCGGAUAUCUUCCAAGGUUUGGGUCGCUUACCGGGAAAGGUGCGAAUUCACCUAAAGGAAGACGCUGCCCCGGUCCAGUGCCCGCCACGGAAGGUUCCGGUGGCACUGAAAGACCAGAUCAUAGAACGAAUAAGACAACUACAAGCCCAAGGAGUGAUUACACCAGUUCACGGACCGACGACAUGGAUAAGUCAAAUGCUCGUAGUAGCAAAGAAAGGAAAAAAGCUCAGGGUGACUUUAGAUCCUUUCCAUUUGAACCAAGCGGCAAGAAGAUCUCAUUACCCACUGCCUGUGCUCUCCGAUGUUUUGCCGAGACUAUCAAAGGCUAAAUACUUUUCGGUCGCAGAUGCAUCGGAUGGAUUUUUCCAAUGCGAAUUGGAGGACGCUUCGACAGACUUGACCACAUUUUGGACACCGCUGGGAAGGUAUAAAUAUCUGAGAAUGCCCCAAGGGCUAAGCAUAUCGCCCGAAAUCUAUCAAGCCAAGCAAAUGGAGGCUCUCGAUCUAAAGGGCGUCGAGGUUAUCGCCGACGACAUACUCAUACAUGGUGAGAACUUCGUGGAACACCGGAAUAAUCUGGAAGAAUUCUUCAAACGCUGCCGAGAGAAGAACCUGAAGCUCAAUCGCAGUAAGCUCCGCCUCGGAGUCCCUAAAGUGAAAUACAUGGGACACAUAUUGUCGAGAGAAGGCCUCCGGGGGGACCCAGAGAAAAUCGAGAUAAUUAGAAAGACGGAACCGCCGAAGGACAAGAAAGCAUUACUUCGUUUCCUGGGAUCGACAGACUAUCUGUCCAAAUUCAUACCGGGAUAUUCCGAAAUAGCGGCCCCUCUUCGAACGCUUCUCAAGGACAAUGUCGAAUUCGUGUGGUUGGAGCAGCAUCAGAGAUCGUUCGAAAAAUUAAAGGACUCUCUCUCAAGGGCCCCUCUGCUAGCAUUUUUCGAUACGAAUCGGCCAAUCCUGAUUCAGACAGAUGCGAGCCAGAACGCAGUGGGAGCCGUGAUGCUCCAAGACGAACGGCCAGUCGAUUUCUGCAGUGCGGCCCUAAAGGCGAGUGAACUUAACUACGCGGUCAUCGAAAAAGAAUUACUUGCGAUCCUAGUAGCAUGCAAGAAGUUCGAGCACCAAAUUUUCGCGCAUCCGAACGUCACCAUAGAAACCGACCAUCAGCCACUAAUCAGCGUUUUUAAGAAACCUCUCCACACAACACCCAAGAGACUGCAAAGAAUGCUCUUAUACCUUCAGAAGUACAACUUCGAGCUUCGCUACGUCAAAGGAAAACACAACUGUAUAGCGGACUGGCUAAGCCGCGACACUUAUAGGACAGCGCACGACGCACCCAACGAAGACAAUCUGGUUUUUCGAGCCGAGAUCAGCGAUAUCGACGCAGCACUAUUGACCCCGAUUAAGAACUCAACACUGGACAGAAUCGCCAAAGCAUCCUCGAAUGACAAAGAAUCAAUACUCCUACGCAAAAUGAUUACAACCGGUUGGCCCAAUAACAAACGAGCGUGUCCUAGCGAACUGACUCACUUCUGGAACUUUCGAGCAGAACUGACGACACAAAACGGAGUAAUCUUCAAAGGGGAAUCGGUCUUCAUACCGAGAGAACUUCGCAGAGAGAUGCUCGAAACGGCACACUCGAGCCACUACAGCUUCGCUACGUCAUGGAAGAGAGCAAAAGACUGCAUUUAUUGGCCCACCGUCAAGGCCGAACUGAAGGAAUUCUGCGAAACGUGCAACACUUGUUUGGCGCAUCUUCCAAAACAAGCAAAAGAGCCGAUGAUGCUGGGUCCGACAGCGACUUAUCCGUUCCAGAUAGUUUAUCAGGACUUGUUCACAUGGAAUAACAAACAGUUCUUGGUGACCGUGGACGCCUACUCCGACUACUUCGAAGUUGAUAACUUAGGUCUCAAUGCAUCAGCUGAAAGAGUUGUCACGGCGACGGAGAGACAUUUUUCGAGAUAUGGAGCCCCAGUCGAGCUUCAUUCCGACAACGGUCCCCAAUUCACAUCAACUACCUUCAUCGAGUUCCUAAGAUACUGGGGUGUCACAGCGGUAACUAGCUCACCAUACUUUCCGCAAGGAAAUGGAAAAGCAGAGGCCGCUGUCAAAUUAGCGAAGAGACUCCUGAAGAAGUGUCUUUUCAACCAGGAGAAUUACCAAUAUGCGCUCUUGGAUCUGAGAAACACAAUACAAGCAGACAACAAGAGUAGAGCUAUGAAGUUCUUUUGUCGGCAGCUCAGAUGCAGACUUCCGUCGAUCAUGGACCAGGGUUUCGUCCAAGACAAGGAGCAAGUACAAGCCAACAAAGAAAAGAAGGAAAAAGCAAAAGAAAGCUUCGACAAAUCCACAAUAAAUCUGAAGCCUCUUAAGGUCGGAGACAAAGUCCGUGUCCAACCGCUGAGAAAAUGCGACCUGUGGAUUCCGGGCACAUGUAUGGAACUCGUGGAAACGGUGGCAGAGACUAACGAACAGACCGAAACCGACGAUGAGGAGUUGGAUGCGAACAUGCCGAGCCGAACGGAGGAGGAAACCAACAUGCAGAGUCGCAUGGAAGUAGACUCCACACGGAUUGGUGGCACCGAGGUCGACGCGGACAUGCAAGGUCGCAUGUCGGCAGAAACAUCGAUGCCAAGUCUCAUGGAAGUAGACGAAAGCAUAUCAUGCGAGGAGGCCCUGCAGGGACUCAUUGAGUUCGUCGAGUCGAAUAGAGAACCCACGCUUGCGGUGUUCGUAGAUUUUAGAGCCGCAUUUGACAAUGUCAACAGGAAAAAGCUCCUCGAGACCGUAGGCAAUAAAUUCAAACUGAGAGGAAAACUCCUGAAUGCGAUCAAGGCCAUAAUGAAGCCGAACAACUUGAUAGUAGACAACGGAGCAGAUCUUGGCAAACCCGUCAAACAACACAAAGGGGUCCAACAAGGAGAAUCAAUCUCGCCUCUACUGUUUGUGAUGUUCAUCAAUAGCCUUCUUGAAAGACUAGAAAGACGGAAGGUAUUCGUGAAAAUGUUUGCCGACGACCUUGUGAUAGCCGGGGUAGACAUAGAAGAAGUACAAAGAAGCCUAUCCGUGUUAUGUAUUUGGUGCGAGGAAAAUGAAAUGAUAAUCAACAGUGAGAAAACGAAGGUACUGAAGUUCCGAAAGGCCGGCCAGAUAGGGAAGCGCAAAUUGUAUAUACAUCGAAAGCCAAUCGAAUACGUGACCAGCUUCAAGCAUCUGGGGAUCACCAUGCAGCCCGCGCAGAGUUUCAGCGAACACAUCGAACAACUCCUGACCAGGACGGCCACCACCAUGGCAUGCCUCGGGAGCAUCCGAAGGUUAACACUGGAGCUGGCCAUCAAGAUAUUCAAUAUCAAGAUCGUGCCAACCAUCACAUACGGAAUGACGUGUAUCUCGCAAAGACUGUCCAAAACAGCCUUACUAAAACUGGACAAGUGCAAGACACUGUAUCUCAAGUCCGCCCUUGGGCUAAGCAGGAAUACAUCGAAUACGUUCACCCUGGAGCUGGCAGGGGAGAAGUCCCUCUGUGAGAAUUUGGAGGAACAGGGAUUCAGAUUUGAGGUAGAAGCCUGGAAAGAGUACGGAACGAUAAGAUCGGAAAAGAGAGCCAAAUUCGAGACCGAACAAUACGCAUUGGGACCAGCCUUCACGGGAGAGGGAUGGAGACAACAGAACAGACCCGACCGCCCGACGAUUGUUAGAACCACUUAUCAUGGUUAUCAUCAUAAAAUCUGUAGGAGGAGAGACCUCUACACUGUAGCACACAGCGAUUGUGUUUGUACAUACUGUGGGAAGAGCAAAAUCACCCGCCUGCACCUACUGGAGUGUGCGAAAUUCGAAGGAAUGUCACUCAAUAGUAUAGUUGGAAGAAUUCUUGACGAUUAA